AUGGAGGUAACAGAUCGCAUUGCCUCUCUGGAGCAACGUGUCCAGAUGCAGGAAGAUGACAUCCAGCUGCUCAAAUCUGCCCUUGCUGAUGUGGUUCGACGCUUGAAUAUUACGGAGGAACAGCAGGCUAUGCAGAACAAGAAAGGACCUACCAAAGAUCAGAGCAUGAUUAAAAAAGCUGCUGCUGAGGUUGAUAAACAUGUCAGUACAGUUACCACUGCAAGACCACUGGUGCAAACCCUGCCUCUAAGGACUGCGGUUAAUAAUGGCACUGUGUUACCAAAGAAACCAAGUGGCUCUUUACCUUCCCCAUCAGGAACCAGAAAGGAAACUGUAUCGCCAGCAGCAAAAAGGUCUGUGAAUCUUCUCAAUGCAUGCAAACUGAAAAAGCCUGCUCUAAGCACCGUCAAGAGAACCAGUUCAGCUGAGCGUGUGUCCCCAGGCAGUCGGAGGGAAAGCUAUGGAGAUUCCAAAGGGAGUCGCAACCGCACUGGAUCCACCAGCAGUUCAUCUAGUGGUAAAAAGAACAGUGAAAGCAAACCCAAGGAACCAAUGUUCAGUGCAGGGAAGCGCCGUGUGACACACUGCAAAGAGGAAGGAUACGUAAAAAUGUUUCUUCGUGGACGUCCUGUUACCAUGUACAUGCCCAAAGAGCAAGUGGAAUCUUACAAUUUGGAAGCAAAAGUAGAACUACCAGCCAAGAGGCUUAAACUGGAAUGGGUCUAUGGAUAUAGGGGUCGGGACUGUCGCAGUAACCUCUAUCUUCUUCCAACGGGCGAAACUGUGUAUUUCAUUGCAUCUGUAGUUGUGUUAUUCAAUGUUGAAGAGCAACUUCAGAGACAUUACACUGGUCAUAAUGAUGAUGUGAAGUGCCUGGCUGUCCAUCCUGAUAGGAUCACUAUAGCAACAGGUCAAGUUGCAGGCACAUCCAAGGAUGGAAAACAAUUGCCACCACACGUGCGUGUCUGGGAUUCUGUGACUCUGAACACGCUGCAUGUCAUCGGAAUGGGGUUUUUUGACCGAGCUGUCACUUGCAUUGCUUUUUCUAAAUCUAAUGGAGGAAGUAGCCUGUGCUCCGUGGAUGACUCAAACGACCACGUGCUUUCUGUGUGGGACUGGCAGAAAGAAGAAAAGCUGGCAGAUGUCAAGUGCUCUAAUGAGGCUGUAUUUGCUGCAGAUUUUCACCCUACUGAUACAAAUAUAAUAGUUACUUGUGGAAAAUCACACCUUUAUUUUUGGACACUAGAAGGGAAUUCCCUUAUUAAAAAGCAAGGAUUAUUUGAGAAACAAGAGAAGCCAAAGUUUGUCCUGUGUGUGACCUUUUCUGAAAAUGGUGAUACUAUUACAGGAGACUCAAGCGGAAACAUUUUGGUUUGGGGAAAAGGUACCAACAGAAUAAGCCACGCAGUUCAAGGGGCACAUGAGGGUGGAAUAUUUGCGCUGUGCAUGCUGCGAGAUGGUACAUUGGUAUCAGGAGGUGGAAAAGAUCGAAAGCUGAUAUCUUGGAAUGGAAAUUACCAAAAACUUCACAAAACUGAGAUUCCAGAGCAAUUUGGUCCAAUAAGAACAGUAGCAGAGGGAAAAGGGGACGUUGUACUAAUAGGAACUACUAGAAACUUCGUCCUACAGGGCACACUAUCAGGAGAUUUUUUCCCAAUUACCCAGGGUCACACUGAUGAGCUUUGGGGACUUGCAGUCCAUUCCUCUAAACCUCAGUUCUUCACUUGUGGACAUGACAAACACAUUACCCUCUGGGAUGCUACCACUCAUCGUCCUAUCUGGAACAAGAUUAUAGAGGAUCCAGCGCAGUCAUCGGGUUUUCAUCCUUCAGCAUCUGUUGUUGCAGUAGGGACGCUAACCGGCAGGUGGUUUGUGUUUGACACAGAAACAAAAGACUUGGUCACUGUACACACAGAUGGAAAUGAACAGCUGUCUGUAAUGCGUUACUCACCAGAUGGAAACUUCUUGGCAAUAGGUUCCCAUGACAACUCUAUUUAUAUAUAUGGCGUAAGUGAAAAUGGAAGGAAGUACACUAGAAUUGGCAAAUGUUCAGGUCAUUCCAGCUUCAUUACUCAUCUGGAUUGGUCUGUUAAUUCACAGUAUCUUGUGUCUAAUUCAGGAGACUAUGAAAUCUUAUACUGGAUCCCCUCUGCUUGUAAACAGGUCGUGAGUGUUGAAACAACUAGAGAUAUAGAAUGGGCCACCUACACCUGUACUUUAGGAUUCCAUGUUUUUGGUGUAUGGCCUGAAGGUUCAGAUGGAACAGAUAUCAAUGCUGUCUGUCGAUCACAUGGGAGAAAACUGCUAUCAACAGGGGACGAUUUUGGCAAAGUACAUCUCUUCUCAUAUCCGUGUUCACAGUUCAGGGCUCCAAGCCAUGUGUACGGCGGACAUAGUAGUCACGUAACUAAUGUAGAUUUUCUCUGUGAAGACACUCAUCUCAUCUCCACAGGCGGCAAAGACACAAGUAUUAUGCAGUGGCGAGUCAUUUAGAGGAAACAUCAGUGUGAACAUACACAGUUGAGUCGACCAUGCACAGAACUUAUGUAUAAGCUGUAUAUUUAAAACUUAACAGUAUGUUUGCAGUUUAGCCUGGUCACUGUGAUUUUUGUUUAAAAAAUUCUUACAAACCUCAGGAAAAUUAAGCCCUGUGCUGGUUACCUUACUCAGUCUAGUGAUUUUUUUUUUUUUUUUUCCAUUGUGUCACACCUAAAGAAUGAUGGUUUUCUCCUCUGUUGUACAAUAUACAAAUGCAGUACAAGUUUAAUAUAAGAAAUGUGGCUUGACAGUUUGC